UGAGAGAAAGGGGAAUACAUGGGCCAGCACACUACAACCCGGGGGCGGGGGUGUUUGCAUAUGACCGAUUUCUCCCUCUUAAGUUCAGUGUUAUAUGUGCGACAUAGGGGGAGAAAAUGCUUCUCUUUUCCCUCUCCUUGGAAGUGCUCGGCAAUCCUCCCCUAAAUGACAUCCAUUCGGGCACAUGCUUGAGUCUGUUGUAAUAUGGGGAGCGCAAUGCCUGUGCAGCCAUUGCCCAAGGAGAUGGAGGCGGAAGGAGACUCGACCACAGAGAUGAACGGCGAAGAAGAGAGCGAGGACGAGCGCAGCGGCAGCCAAUCUGAAUCAGAAGAGGAGAGUUCAGAGAUGGACGAUGAAGAUUAUGAACGGAGACGCUCUGAGUGCUUGGAUGAGAUGUUAGACUUAGAGAAGGAGUUCUCUGAAGUCAAAGAGAAGCUGUUCAAGGAGCGCCUGAGCCAGGUGAAGGCAAAGCUGGAGGACGUGAUGGCGGGGAAAGCGUCAGAGUACCUUGACCCGCUCGGGGUCCUGCAGAACCACAUGCAGAUUCGGAUUGAAGUGGCUGGGAUCUACCGAGGUUUCUGCCUGGAGGUGAUCCACCACAAGCACCGUUGCGAGCUGCAGGGAGCACAGCAGCACCUGGAGAGUGAGAAGCUGCUGCUGUUUGACACCCUUCAGGAACGCCUCUUGGAACGGAUCCAGUGCUUGGAGGACGACAGGCACAGUGUGGGCCUCACUUCAGAAUGGUGGGAUGACAAACUUCGACCGAAGCACAGCUCAAAGGAAUGGGACCCACUCCGGCCUGGCAAGAGGAAGAAAGCACCACUGGUGUCUGGCCCGUACAUCGUCUACAUGCUGCGUGAAAUGGAUAUCAUGGAGGACUGGACAGCUAUAAAAAAGGCUAAAGCGGCUGUGUCCUCACCGAAGAGGAAACUAGAAGGCCCAGUGAAGGCCGAGAAACUGCCGUCCCCUGCCCUGUUCUCUGCUCACUGUGAAGAUGGCCAGCUCCACUACGAAGGCGAGGCCUACGUCAAAGGGCAGAGCAUCUCCUUGCAAGUUGGGGACGAGGCACCUGUCCAGGCUGUGAUCACUGCCAUCAGCACUGGGGAGGUUUGGCUGCGCAGGGAAGACGGCAGCAAGACCAAAAUUUACGUCUCGCAACUCCAGAAGGGCAAGUAUUCCGUGCGCAAGGUCUAGCAGCGCAGACUUUGGCUCUCUCGCUUCUCCUGGAACAGGCACAGCUUCUCUCUCUUGGAAACCAAGGGACUUCGGAGCAGCAAAGACCACCCCGAACCACCCCAGUUUGGGCUGCAGCAGGUGGAGGGGAGAAGGGCUUGCUUGCAGUUACCUUGGAAUCAUACCAGCAUCGCUGCCCCUAGUGAUGGGGCCCUUGGCGUGGAGCCCUCCCCCUCCAGCCCCCUGUUGGUCCUGCGGCAGUUUUGAUUGUGCUUGCCCAGCGUGCCCCUCCCCCCGUGUUUGGGGCUGGGCGUUGACGGCAGCUCCUCUC